AUGGUAAAGAAGCAGAGAGCCAAGAGAAAAGUCAUGUACCAUGAUAGAUUUAUAAAAGAUUUGUUGGAUACUUCUUCAAGAACGUCAACUUACCAGCUGAAAAGUGUGCUCAGCAAAGUUCCGGAGAGCCGUGAUACUAAGCAUGAAGAUAUUAUGAAGAAAAUGAUGAUGACUAUGAUUUAGACCAGCAUAAUAGUUACCUUAUUAUGGCAUUGAGGUAUAUAUAUACCUCCGUUAGCAUUUGCGCUAUAGAUUAAAAAGUUGUGAAUAUUAAGUCGAUGUAAACGAAGUGUGGAAAUAGUUGUGUAAAUAAAG